UCCAACCCUGACCGGACAGAGCCACCCGCAAUCCCUCCCCCAUCCCCCCGCACCCUUCGCCUCAUUCUCCCUCUCGGGGAAGGUCAGAGACCAAACGAAGCCGCCUGCUCACAGAGCCUCGGCCAGCCUCCGGGAGAGGUUCCUGUCCGCUGGUAGCCAGCCCCCGCCCUGUGCACGGCAGCCCCCGGAGAGGUAGAAUGGCUGGCAGAUUCUGGCUGGCAGCCAGCACCCUGGCCAUGAUCCUGGGCAUGGCAGUAACUCAGGAAAACGUGUGCCAAGCACCGCCCGGCAAAGAAGGCUACCCUGGAGUACCGGGCCUCAGCGGGAGGCCAGGGCAGAAAGGCGACACAGGCGAGCCAGGGUUACCAGGAAGAAGGUCGGGGAUCCGGGGACCCAAAGGGGAUGAAGGGGAACCUGGACCUCCUGGCAUGCCUGGGAACCAGGGCUACAGGGGGCCAAAUGGUCCCCCUGGGCUCCCAGGGCAGCCGGGACAGAAGGGAGCCAAAGGCCAGGCUGGCAAUAUCAAGGAUCAGCCCCGGCCCGCCUUCUCGGCCUCCAGGAAGAAGCCCCCCGCCAGCGGGAACGUCGUGGUCUUUAACAACCUCAUCACCAACCAGGACAACGGCUACAACACCAAGACGGGCCGGUUCACCUGCCAGGAGCCCGGCGUCUACUACUUCGCCUUCCAGGUGAUCUCCAGCGGGAACCUCUGCCUCAGCCUCGUCCGCAACGAGACAAAGGAGUUGGGCGUCUGCGACAGCAACAGUCGCGGCAUCCUGCAGGUGAACUCGGGGAGCGGCGUGCUCCAGCUGGCCAGGUACGACCAGGUCUGGCUCGAGAGCGACCCCCGCCAAGGCAACAAAGUGUACGACGGCACCGAGGCCGACAGCGUCUUCAGCGGCUUCCUGCUCUUCCCUGAGACUCAAAGAAAUGCCCAGGACAGGGAUGUGAAACUUGGCCAGGGUCCCGGCAAGGGGGCUGGUCUUUCCAAGAGGCCUGUCCUGGCCUCCUUCAGCCACCAACUUCCUCCUGGCUGGUGUCGCAGCCAGAGCUCUGACAAGCCAGCCAGCAGCCCCACCGCAGCAGAGCCCUCCGGAGAGCGCGGGAGCCAGCGCCCGGCCCCAGAGAGGACAAUGAUGGUCAAGAACGUCUGGGAACCAGUGGGCCUGGGCCUAGCCCUUCUCCUCCUGACGCUGGAAACCUCCGUGACAGGCAGUGCUUCCCACAGCUGCUAUGGGACCCCUGGGCUGCCUGGCACGCCUGGCAUGCCUGGAAAGGAUGGCAGAGAUGGGAUGAAAGGAGUCAAAGGCGAACCAGGCAUUCCGGCCAUUCCUGGAACCCGAGGGCCCAAGGGGGAGGAAGGAGACCCCGGCAGCCCUGGCCUGCCAGGAAAAACUGGUCCCAUGGGUCCCCCUGGCACCCGGGGAGAUCCGGGCGACCAAGGCCAGCCUGGAGGGCCCGGCAUGCCUGGUAAUUACAAGCAGAAGCACCAGUCAGCCUUCUCAGUAGCGAGGCGGACCGGGCAGUACCCGGACAAGAACGCCCCUGUGGUGUUCAACCACGCCAUCACCAACCUCAACCAGGACUACAACAUCACCUCGGGCAAGUUCACGUGCCGCGUGCCCGGCCUCUACUACUUCAUCUUCCACACCUCCCAGACUGCCAACCUCUGCGUCAACAUGUACAAGAACCGGCAGAAGGUGGCCAGCUUCUGCGACCACAUGUCCAACAGCAAGCAGGUCAGCUCCGGGGGCCUCCUGCUGCGCAUGGACGCCGGGGACCAGCUCUGGCUGGCAGUCAAUGAUUACAACGGCAUGGUGGGCAUCGCUGGCUCCGACAGUGUCUUUUCCGGCUUCCUGCUCUUCCCAGACUAGGCAGGCCAGACCAGCUCUGGCACGCGCUGGCUGAUCCCAGCCUCUCUCUGCCCUCUAACAUGCACGCUGGCUCUCUCCCUGCAUCGCAGCACCUCACAGUGGGACACAAGGGAAUCGCACGCCCGGGGCCCUCUGCACAGGGCCUCUGCUUGCAUCAGCUUGGCUAGGGCUGAGGCAGGGCCUGUUGGCUGCAGUCCUAUCCCUGUCGGGACCCCGUGGCCACCCAGACUCCAACCAAAAACUAACCGGGGCCGAGCGGUUUUUCACAUGUGUUUUUGAGACAGAGUCACCAAGUGUAAGGGAGGGGGUUGUCUGGCUGCGUCCCUGCCUGGCGAGAACCACGGUGGCCCCACUGUCCCCGCUCUCCCCAGCCACUCUGCGCUCUCUACACAGUACAGGGUCUAGCUGCUGCAUGCACUAACCCCCGCUGCUUCACGCUGCUCACACCUUUAGGGCCAAAGCCAGCCCUGGGUCUCCCCACUGCCCCCAGCGAGUCGCGCCAGGGACGGGCUCAUCCCAGAAAAUCUGGAAAGGGAGCUGGGCCAUGAGCUUCUGUCAAAAACGUCAAUAAAUCCCCACUCUGUGGCACAGGG